CUGUGCAAACAUAUUUAUUGAAAGUUCAGAGUUAAGCUACCGACUUUGAAUCCCAUUUCUUUUACUGACAAUGCGUAUAGAAUAUAGGAGACAAAGGUUUCUUCUAAUUUUAGAAAUUCUUAAUUUACAACUGGAAUUUGUUUAAUAUCACCCACCGCAGCGAUGGCUAUCAUCAUCCCCUGUGUCCCAAAUUCAAAGAUAUGGCUGAAAAAUUUGUCUGUGAAGUAAAAUGGCUAGUGCGCAAUGCUAAUCACAUUUGCUAAAAUAAUUCACGAAAUUUUGAACGUCCUUGACCCCUUGGGUCGAUAAUCGACUUUUUCAAAAAUGCUUCCCUUUAUUAUUUACAUUAACUAAAUUUGCAUUUUAAUCUAAUUUUCAAAUACGAAUAUCUCUAAAAUAGUGCUAUAUGUAUUUAUAAUAACAAAAAUGCAAAACGCGCUUUAAAAAUAAAAAAUAAAUGAAAUAAUAACAUUUUUAAACGAUCAUUCACUUUUUGCUACCCUCGUCGAUUAAACCUUUUUUGCAAUGUCUACAUCAGCAGAACGCCCGACCCAAAGCAGAAAAUAAACUUGAUAAAUAAAAACCGAAUCGGAAAAUAACUACAGAAGAAGAGAAGAGCCGCAUUGAAAAUGUAGAUUCCCAUUUGGCUCUUUCUGCUGUCAUUACCGCAAGAAAUCACGUGGCCCGUGAUCCCGAAAUACCGCUCUUACACAUCUCGAACAAAGAUUUUGGAGGAUGGGGAGCAAAGGGACAACCGAAAGGAUCAGAUCUUUGAGACGGGUAACAUCCGAAGGAUGUAUAUCAGACUUUCCUUCACCGAAACAUGUUUUUUUCAAAUUUCUCUGGAGCGCCCGCUUUAGAAAAAAUAUUUGCAUUGAAUACAUUAUUAUAUUAAUUACAUUCAUUCAUGAAUGAUUAUUUCUUUUAACUUUAAAGCUUUUUCUACGAAAAUUACUUUGCAAUUUAAUUGUUGGAACCUUUUAAAUGGAUUUCGUUGAAUGUUUGUGCUCAGUGAAAAGUCUCUGUAGGAAAGUUCAAAUGAAUAGAUAUUAUUGUCAAAUGGAAAUAAAAUAAUUGAUUGAUGAAAAAAGCGAUGGCUUCCAGUCGAUCUCGUUUUUAUGUGGAUACACCCUUUGAUAAUGAACUCCCGUCUCAAAGGCAUAGCAUGUAUGUGAGUCAUUCUGAAGUGGACGCAUCCAUCAAAAAACAAGAUUUGUCAUCAGCGUCAUCUUCAGCCACGCUUCCAAGUGCCGCUGGGUCAGUAGACCGGCUCACCGGGUUGGGUAAUGAAAAGAAAACACCUCGUUUCUUCACUUUGAAACCAAAGACCUCUUUUUCUCUGCGACCUUUCUUUUCUUCAUCAUCUAUACCUUCGCUCUCGCCUUCCAAACGUCGAAAAAAAGAAUCUAAAAUCGCCCAAAGGCAAGAUUCGUACGUGCAGACAGAUGACAACCAGCGGUUUUAUGACGAGGUCGGGGUUCAGACCCAAAACGCCUCCACGGUCGAUGUACCGGUCCAGACCUGUUCUAAUGAGUGGGAUGAUGCUUGCAAUUACAAAAAACCGCUUGUUACGAGGCCCACGUUUUCUCUUUCACCUUAUGGUAGUUAUUCCUCCAGAUGGUCUCCAUCUUCUGUUGCUUCGAAACCUCCUGGACUUGUAUCAGAUGAAAACAAAAGUUCUAAAAAUUCCUUCGUCGCUCCGUUGGAUUCUUCUAAGCUCUUAAAAUAUGCCACGCCUUUUGCCACAGCUGAUUCUUCUCCUAAACCGACGUCAGCAAAAUUACUGAAGGAAGAAAAGAGUUUGACUGAUGGAAGUUGUUUACAGCAUUCAGCUUCUCAGUUGCCCUUAUCUGUAAACGAAACUUCCGCUCUUGUGCAUUCAGCUGAUCCUAAAAGUGUUCCUUCAAAUUCUGUUGAUACAAUUGAUGAAUCGCAAAAGUCCGGCUCAGAUUUAAAAAAUUCCAUUGAAUCAAAUCCUAAAAUAUCGCACAACCGCGAAAAAGAUGCCGUUAAGAUAUUAAAAUCGAAUAGUGAAACUAAAGAUAAUAUAAUUCGAUCUUCUAAUAGUCCAACCUCUGUUUUGAAGAUUGACAGAACUGAUUCGCCUAAACCAAGUAAAGCUAAGACUGUGCAUUUUGACCUCAACGAUUCAAAGUUUGAUUCACCUGUUCCAAAAACUUAUUCACCUAUUCCCAAAACUUAUUCAUCUGCUACAACAACUGAAUUAUCCAUACCUAGAAAUAUCGAUAAAGAAUUUGAAGCAUUGCUCCGAAAUUUGGAUAUUUUACCAGAAGAACCUGAUAAUGUUGAUUUAAAAGUUUCGCCAGAUAGUGUCCCUCAAACGCCUCCAAAAGUUAAUUACGUUUCACCGGAUCUUAAAACCGCUCUCGAUGCUCUUAAACAAGACUUUCUUGCACCUAUUCCAGAAAAUGAUGUAAACUCAGAUGACAAUCCAGAACGAAUUACAGACGAAUAUUCUACGAACGUAAACGAUGCACCUUCAAGCGUUAAUAAAAACCUCAACGAAGAACAUUUAAAGAUAAAUAUUGAAGCUGAGACAGCAGAUGGAGGAUCUCAAAAUAAACAAACACCUACACUCGUACAAGAUGAAAGUGGAAAUAAACUUUUGGAUUUAGGGGAAAAGAGUUACAUCCCAACGUCAUCGGCCUCAGCAAAAUUAGAUGUCGAAAUUACUGCUGAAUCUGAAAACGUUUAUGAUAAAGAAAACACGGGCGAGCCAGUAAAAACUGUUCAACUGCCAACUUUACCUUCCUUUUUUGAAAACUCUUCUGAGACCACAGAAAGUGAAAUCAUUGAUCCUAGGUUAUCUGUUGUGUCUUCCAGUUUUGAAGAUCCCAACGAAAGUAUGUUGUCUAGAUCCAGUUCGCGCAGCAGUAUGAGGAGCAAUCCUAGAUCUGACUUUGAGUCUUGUCUCGAGAGAGCAAGUAAAUUCGAUUCUUGCGAAAACUUGGAUCAAUUGGAAGAAGAAAUAAUUCGAAGUUUAUAUAGUGAGGACGUCAUGGAUGAUCUUGGAAAUACGCAACCGCAGUUUGAUAACUCUGGUGUUACUGCUGCACCGAAUAUACGGAGAGUAAUUCUAGAUAGAUUACUUAGUGGUGAGAGCGUUGAUGAAAUUAUGCCCUCCAGUCCUAACACAGUAGGGGGUUUAGAGGAACACUUUGAUUUUAAUGAUGCUCGGAAAAAGGUAAAGCAAAGCAAAAAAUAUACUGCCACCCUAUCGAAAUUUGAAGAACCUGAAAUUGAAAAUUAUACCGAACUGCCUACCCCUCGUCAUCAAAAUUAUAUUAAUGCUACUCUUAACAUGAAUAAUACUAACAACUAUUCUUCUACAGAUACUGUUCUGGAUCCACGUGGUAAGUCACCUAUCAUACUCACUCCUAUUAAUAACAAUUAUCUUAAAGAAUCUUUUCUUUUUCCAGAUAUUAAAUCUCAAAGCUCUGAUGCAACUCCAAAAGUUGCAAAGCCUUCUAAUGAAAUAACCAAUACUAACAACGGAAGUAACUCUCCUCUUUCAACUAACACUCAUAACUUAAGCUCUGAUGAUUCAUCUAAAAUUCAAAACUGUGACUUUACAAACUGUAUACGUCCUUCAAAACUACUAAAUAGUCCGUUUCUGGCUGAAAUUAGCGCAAAAUCAUCAGCUCCCCGAUAUUCUCCGGAUCCUGCAUCCCAAGUCAUUCCAUCUCAAAAAUCUCCAGAUGUAACUUCGAAAGAUAAACAAGUUGGAAAUUGCGACUUUGCUCACUGUUUGAAGCCAUCUCAAGUCCAAAAUAGUGUCUUCACAGCAGAACUUUCAGAAAUAACAGCCAAUAAGUUUUGCUCUGAUUCAUCCCGUACUUCAAUUGAUGCCACCCCGAAUGGAAACACCAUUUUUAUGAAGGAAGAUCCUGCAGCAAAUUCUAAGAAUGAAGUUCAGCACCGUACGGAACUCACCAUAGUCUUGCAGCCACCCUCACUGGACAAACUAGCAGAUACUGCGGAAGCAACAGAAAAUCUGUCUUCAGCUAGAGAAGACUUCCCAGCACAUAACAAACAACCUGAAGAUAUAUGUCCCCCACCUCCACCUCCCCCACCACCUUUUUCGCCAUCAUCAAAAGUAAAUAAAUCUGGAUGGAAAAUCAGUGAUGGUUCAUGUUCAUUGGAAUCUCAAAUUCAAGAUCGGCAAGCCCAUCUAUCAAAGCCCAUUGCUCAUUCAAUAGAAAUAAGACCGUCCCCUAAAACGCCCGUCGUGUUAGAACUUGAAAAAAAGUUUGAAAAGCAAUCAACUUCAACGAUGAUUCCCAAAAGUUCUGGUGUUGCAAUGCGUUCUAUGAGUGAACCUGUUAUCGAGUUACCUGAUCUUAAAUCAACGGAGGAUAAAAGAUACGAAAGUAAUGAUGGAUUCAGAAGCCAUUCACCUUUGAAUAGUAAAAUCUAUAAGGCUGAUAGUAAUGGUUUUAGUCCAGAUGAAAGAAUGAAGAGUCCUUCCUUAGUGAAUGGAAAAAAUGACAAUUACCAUAAUGGUUCUGCAGAACCUUCAAAUACCAUUAUUACCCAUGAACCACCUCCUCCUGGUGCUGUUUUAAUCGAUAAGAGAACAACUAUAGAUGGAGAUAAAGUGCAUACAGAUAAGUACUAUGCUCUUCCCGUAAAGGAAGUUUUGAAAGAAACAACAUCGACAACUAGAUUCAUUCCAGCUCCACCCAAGUAUGAAGGUAUCGGUCCGACUGAAGACGGUAUUCCAAUUGCACCUAGAAAUAGUGUAAAGAAAGAAAAUAUGCACAACUGGUACAAGACUAUGUAUAAAUCUUUGCAUAAAGCAGAUAGUUCCAAUGAUCCACAGGAGUACAUUAUUGGAUACAGUUCUGAACCUGAAUCUAAUAAAAAAGAUAAAAUUAUGAGAAAGAAAUCAUCCACUCUUGACAACCGUUCCAGUAACAAUAAUGAUUCCAAGUUCAACAACAAUAAUUUUGGGUAUGGUUAUCCACCCUCUGCUAAAUCGUCUAUAGAAACAUACAAUGUGCGUCCUAGAUUAAUAGAGGACUAUGAACCAGGACAUUCUUCUGUUACGGAUGAUGAAAUUACUUAUGGUUCUAAAAGAUACCUGCCACCCAUGAAUGUUCCUAAACCUUCCUAUGAGUUCAAAAAUGGUUAUGAACAAGAUAAUCACUAUACAAAAAAGUUAGUGCAACCAGAUCCGCCUUCCGCCAAUCAGCAAAAAAAGUGGUACAAUGAAAUCCAACAUGGAGGGGAAGUUCCCCAGUGCGGCUUAGGGAAACCUGCUCCAGAAAAGAUCCAAGAACCAUCCAUUGGACCUUUACCACACCCACCUUUAAACUACAAUGGCCCAACUGUACCAACUCAAGGUACAAGACCUUUGACCUUACCAUCUGAAUAUGCUAUUGUGAAUGAAAAUGGACUUUGCCAACAACAGAAUGGUGCAUACGAAAUCCAAAUGAGACAAGUAAUUCACUCGGAACUGCAUCAAAGAUUAUCCCCAUCAUCCAGUCAAUUGUCGUCUCCUACACGUUCAAUUUUAAAAUCACCUUGUAGAUCACCUGAUUUGAAAAUACCUGCUCGAGCUCUCUUUGAUUUCAGGCCAGAAUCACCCAAAGAAGUUUCCCUGAAAAAAGGGGAUAAUGUUCUAAUAUUACGACAGUUGGAUAAAAAUUGGUAUGAAGGGGAAAAGCAAGGAAUUGUUGGAAUAUUUCCUAUCAGCUAUAUUGAGGUUGUACCACCAGAACAUGCAUCUCUUCCUCAAUCUUCAUUUGAGGGAAUGGGUAAAGUUCUCUAUGAUUUUACUGCCCACACUUCUAUUGAACUUUCUGUGAAAAAGCAUGACAUGAUAACUUUGUUGAGAAGAGUAGACUCCAACUGGUAUGAAGCCAAAUUGCAAAACAGAAAAGGAAUUGUACCUGCUUCUUAUUUACAAGUCCUGCAAGAGCCACUUGAAAAAAGAACACCUUUGUCUUCUCCCAAUUCGCUAAUUAGUUCAUCAGGCAGACCUACUUCAAGAGAAGGAAUCUUAAAAACAGUCACUCCAUCUUCAUCACAAAUUUCUCCCAUCCAUUCAACUUCUGCUGUUGUAACUAAUGGAAGAAGCAACAUGCAAAGUAGAGGGAAGAAAAGCAGCAAUCUGAUUGAACCUGUUAUGUAUAGAGCCAUCUAUAGUUACUCACCGCAAAACACAGAUGAGCUGGAACUUGCAGAAGGUGACACUGUUUAUGUAGUUGAAAUGUGUGAUGACGGAUGGUAUGUGGGGACAUCCGUACGCACAGGAAUAUUUGGAAUAUUUCCAGGAAAUUAUGUCGAAAAAGUGUAGCAAAUGUUUACCUCAGAUGCCUGUACUUUUUAAUGCUUUGCAGUGCCUUAAUGACUAGUAUUUAUACUACCUGUAUGUUACUAAUUACUGAUAUGUAUAUAGUGUAUAAUGACUUUGUUGGUUACCAAAAUGUUGUGUUUGUAGUUUUUAUAUUGAUGCACACUUAUAGAAUUUUAAUUUAUAAAUAAACUAUUCACUACUAUAA